AUGCACUUGUUCACUUUCACCGCCAUCCUAGCUUCUGCUGUGACCACAGCCAGCGCAGCAGGAUGUUACAGCGAGACCGGUCCAGGCUGGGGCGAUCUGCGCCAGGCUGCCAACAACGCUGCCGACGCUGUCUGCAACGGUAAUUCUGGCGGGGUAGCCGGAAACUUCGACGGCAACAGCAAGUACGCUUGCCGUAACCUAGGCGAGACCAUGAAAGCCGAGUGUACGCAAAGCCCUCCUCCCCUAGGUGUGAUGUAUGCCCCAGUGGCGUGGACUAGUGUUAUUGACAGAAGUGAUGUUAGUUUGGGUCACGGGAACAGGAUCUCUCAGCGACCAGGACUGUAA